GGCUUAUCAUUUUCUGAUUUGUUAAAGUUCUCGGUAUAUUAGCCCUUUACCGUUUGUUUUUGCGCGUAUUUUCCCUUCGAUUCCCUUUUGACGACUUAGCAGUUCUGCUUGUUUAACCAACACUAAAGCCGAAGUAUUCUAGGUAGAAGGUGACGCUUGAGCGGACCGCGGGAGGCCAGGUGGAGUUGGUUGGGUGCCAGAACAAAGGGCACAGUAGCAAGAGAACACCACGAAUCUCAAAAAGAAAAGCAAUGACUACGCAAAUUCCUAGCCGCACACUAACGUGACCCUCCCCACCUACGGUCAGCCUCUACUCCCCUCCUCCACGCCGGCGCCUGGCGCUUGUGUCUGACGUCACGGACGCACCGCACAGUUCCCUCCGGCCGCGCAACCUCCGUGGCCGUCCACCCGGCGCGCGGAGGCGAAUAUUCUCGCGGCGCCGGAAGUCAGAGGCACGUGACCGGGUGACAUCCCGCUCUAGGUUGCAGGGCUCGCUUUAGGUGUUGCGGCACGGGAUGGCGGAGGCGCCUCCUGUCUCAGGUACUUUUAAAUUCAAUACGGAUGCUGCUGAGUUCAUUCCUCAGGAGAGAAAAAAUUCUGGUCUAAAUUGUGGAAGUCAAAGGAGACUAGAUUCUAAUAGGAUUGGGAGAAGAAAUUAUAGUUCACCACCUCCCUGUCACCUUUCCAGGCAAGUCCCUUAUGAUGACAUCUCUGCUGUUCAUCAGCACAGUUAUCCUUCAGGAAGCAAACCUAAGAGUCAACAGAUUUCUUUCCAAUCCUCUGCUUCUAACAAAUCACUAAAGAGCCAUGGCCUUCAGAAUCAACCUUGGCAGAAAUUGAGAAGUGAAAAGCAGCACAUCAAAGUCAAAAAAGUACAGAAUCUCACUGAUCAGACCUCAGAUGCAGCUGGCUUAGAAAGUGUGGCUAGGUCAGAGAGUGGGACAAACCCCAGAGAGCACAGCCCUUCUGAGAAUGAGAAGGAAGUUAUUGGUGCAGAUCCCAGGGGAGCAAAACCCAAAAAAGCAGCCCAAUUUAUAUACAGUUAUGGUAGAGGACCAAAAGUCAAGGGAAAACUCAAAUGUGAGUGGGGUAACAGAAUGACUCCAAAAUCCGAGGAUGCUGUACCUGAAAAUACCAAACCUGUGGGGGUUAUCCACCCUGACUCUUUGGAUACAUCCUUUAAGAAAAGUGUAUUGGAUGGGUAUGGGGCCAGACGCAAUGAGCAGAGAAGAUACCCACAGAAAAGGCCUCCUUGGGAAGUGGAAGGAGCCAGGCCACGACCAGGCAGGAAUCCACCAAAACAAGAGGGCCAACGACAUACAAAUGCCACCAGAAACAACAUGGCCCCCAUUCCAAAGGAUAAUCUUAAUGAGAGACCCGCAAAAUCUGCCUGUGACAAUGGGAACUUGGCAGGUGUCAACAAGUCUUCCCGAAGGGUUGACCCAGAGAAAUGUGCUGUAAGGAGGCAGGAUCCUCAAGUAACGUCUUUUCCCCGAGGCAAACAGAACCAUGUGCUAAAGAAUGUGGAAACACACACAGGUUCUCUAAUUGAACAGCUAACUACAGAAAAAUAUGAGUGCAUGGUGUGCUGUGAAUUGGUUCGCGUCACAGCACCAGUGUGGAGUUGUCAGAGCUGUUAUCAUGUGUUUCAUUUGAACUGCAUAAAGAAAUGGGCAAGGUCUCCAGCAUCUCAAGCAGAUGGCCAGAGUGGUUGGAGAUGCCCUGCCUGUCAGAAUGUUUCUGCACACGUUCCUAAUACUUACACUUGUUUCUGUGGCAAGGUAAAGAAUCCUGAAUGGAGCAGAAAUGAAAUUCCACAUAGUUGUGGUGAGGUUUGUAGAAAGAAACAGCCUGGCCAGGACUGUCCACAUUCCUGUAACCUUCUCUGUCAUCCUGGACCCUGCCCGCCCUGCCCUGCCUUUAUGACUAAAACGUGUGAAUGUGGACGGACCAGGCACACAGUUCGCUGUGGUCAGGCUGUCUCAGUCCACUGUUCCAAUCCAUGUGAGAAUCUUCUGAAUUGUGGUCAGCACCACUGUGCCGAGCUAUGCCAUGGGGGUCAAUGCCAGCCUUGUCGGAUCAUAUUGAACCAGGUAUGCUACUGUGGCAGCACUUCCCGAGAUGUGUUAUGUGGAACAGAUGUAGGAAAGUCUGAUGGAUUUGGCGACUUUGGCUGUUUAAAGAUAUGUGGCAAGGACUUGAAAUGUGGGAACCAUACAUGUUCUCAAGUAUGCCACCCUCAGCCCUGCCAGCCAUGCCCACGGCUCCCCCAGCUGGUGCGCUAUUGCCCUUGUGGCCAAACUCCUCUCUGCCAAUUGCUAGAACUUGGAAGUAGUACUCGGAAAACAUGCAUGGAUCCUGUCCCUUCAUGCGGAAAAGUGUGCGGCAAGCCUCUGCCAUGUGGUUCUUUAGAUUUCAUUCAUACCUGUGAAAAGCUCUGCCAUGAAGGAGACUGUGGACCAUGCUCUCGUACAUCGGUUAUUUCCUGCAGAUGCUCUUUCAGAACAAAGGAGCUUCCGUGUACCAGUCUCAAAAGUGAAGCAGAUGCUACAUUUAUGUGUGAUAAGCGGUGUAACAAGAAACGGUUGUGUGGACGGCAUAAAUGUAAUGAGAUAUGCUGUGUGGAUAAGGAGCACAAGUGCCCUUUGAUUUGUGGGAGGAAACUUCGUUGUGGCCUUCAUAGAUGUGAAGAACCUUGUCAUCGUGGGAACUGCCAGUCAUGCUGGCAAGCCAGUUUUGAUGAAUUAACCUGCCACUGUGGUGCAUCAGUGAUCUACCCUCCAGUUCCCUGUGGUACGAGACCCCCCGAGUGUACCCAGACCUGCGCCAGGGUCCAUGAAUGUGACCAUCCAGUGUAUCAUUCUUGUCAUAGUGAAGAGAAGUGUCCCCCUUGUACUUUCCUAACUCAGAAAUGGUGCAUGGGAAAACAUGAGUUACGAAGCAACAUCCCCUGUCACCUGGCUGAUAUCUCUUGCGGAUUACCCUGCAGUGCCACGCUACCAUGUGGGAUGCACAAGUGUCAGAGACUCUGUCACAAAGGAGAGUGUCUUGUGGAUGAGCCCUGCAAGCAGCCCUGUACUACCCCCAGAGCUGACUGUGGCCACCCGUGUAUGGCGCCCUGCCACCCCAGCUCACCCUGCCCCAUGACUGCUUGUAAAGCCAAGAUAGAGCUGCAGUGUGAAUGUGGACGAAGAAAGGAGAUGAUGAUUUGCUCUGAAGCAUCCAGUACUUAUCAAAGGCUGGAGUGUGAUGAGGAGUGUUUAGCCUUGGAAAGGAAAAAGCGGUUAGCAGAGGCAUUUCAUAUUAGUGAGGAUUCUGAUCCUUUCAAUGUACGUUCUUCGGGGUCAAAAUUCAGUGACAGUUUAAAAGAUGAUGCCAGGAAGGAUUUAAAGUUUGUCAGUGACAUUGAAAAAGAAAUGGAAGCCCUUGUGGAGGCCGUGAAUAAGGGAAAGAAUAGUAAGAAGAGCCAUUGCUUCCCUCCCAUGAACAGAGACCACCGCCGGAUCAUCCACGACCUGGCCCAAGUGUAUGGCCUGGAGAGCGUGAGCUAUGACAGUGAACCAAAGCGCAAUGUUGUCGUCACUGCAAUCAGGGGAAAGUCCAUUUGUCCUCCUACCACGCUGAUUGGUGUCCUUGAAAGGGAAAUGCAGUCACGGCCUCCACCACCAAUUCCUCAUCACAGACAUCAGACAGACAAGAGUCCUGUGAGCAGUAAUUUACAGAAAAUAGCCAAGGAACCAGUAAUUGACUACUUUGAUGUCCAGGACUGAGAAGAUCAAGAUGCACUUAGAUAAAAGAAUGAUUAGGUGUGAUGGGACUCGUUUGCCAGCAGAUAAAUCAUGCUUGUUCCUAACUCUCUGGUGGACUCACACACAGCCUCAGAUACUAUCUUGUACUGAUACAUCCAAAGCAUGAGUGUAUCAGAAAUCCUUCAUCCGCUAUUCCGUCUGUAUAAAGUGUUUCAGUAUGGCCAGAUCUCUAAUUAGACGGUCACUAGUGAUUCAGUCAUGUAUUUGCAGAGGCUCUGCCAUCACUGCGAUUGCUUAGAGGGCUGGGGGAACAUUGGGUUUGAUUUGGACAAAACAGAAUUUUAGCCUGAAAGUGGCACUUAGUCAUAGCCUCAGUUGUCCCAGUUACCCAUCCUCCUCUUAAAAAUGCCUGCAACAUCAGCUGCACCUCCUUUUUGAAUUAAUCCAAACUGAUCACAAUCUUUGGAAAGACACAAGUGAACUUCUCAGUCCAAAAUACGAAACGUUGAAUUGGUACCAUA